CGUUUGUGAAUUUUUGCUAUAAUGUGUAACCUGCAGUUCCCAGUGGGUCGGAUCCACCGUCUACUAAAGUCAAGGACCACCGCGCAUGGGAGAGUAGGAGCCACUGCUGCUGUUUAUUCUGCUGCUAUCCUGGAAUAUUUGACUGCAGAGGUGUUGGAGUUGGCUGGAAAUGCAAGCAAGGAUCUUAAGGUGAAACGUAUUACCCCCAGACACUUGCAGCUUGCCAUCCGUGGUGAUGAGGAACUUGAUACCCUGAUCAAGGGAACCAUUGCUGGCGGUGGUGUGAUUCCACAUAUCCACAAGUCACUCAUUAACAAGUCAUCCAAGGACUAGACCAUAAUGGGUUAUUGCUUGUAGAGAUUGGCCAAGUCUCUAUCUGAGCUGCAUUUCCUUGGUGUGAGCCUGAGACUAAAAUUAUAAAUUUGCUAGGUUCUGAUAUGACAGUUAGGUCAUGCAUUAUUGUGUUUAAUUAAUUUGUUGACACUUAUGUCUAAUCUUCUUUCAGCUGCUGGACUUGGUUUGUUUUUUUUUUUUUUCUUUUUCAUUUCUUCUCCUUUUCCAAUAUAUAUACUGUCAAUAUUGGCAUUGGCAUAUUAUUUAGCAGAUUGACAUAGUGGCUGUUGCGUGGUUAACAUAUAUGACCAGCUUUAGGGUUAUUGAUGUAUUGUUUGGAAGACGUUAUUUUGAGAUUAGCAAAGAAUAUCAGGAAAUUAUCAUGUA